AUGACCUUCGUUAAUAAUCACGUUUCACCAACAACGGAUGAAGAUGCAACGUUUGGCCCGGAGCCUUACGACGUUAACUUUAUCUUUCCGAUCCUUCCAUUAAGCCUGGAAUCGCCCCGGAUCAAGCUCAUCCCAUUCAUACCAAAGCUGCAUGCCGAGUUGUACUUCAAUGCAACCGUUGAUUGUCAAUUCCUCUAUGACUUCCUACCCUUCUCAAUGGCGACUCUGAAGAGCAUCCUGAUAUUCGCGGAAGGCAUGCGGAGCAGUCCUGGGAAAAUCUUAUUCGCCAUCUUCGAUAAGACUCUUCUCCCUGAGUCUCUAUCGGCGCAUCCUUCUAGGAGCUUCGCAGGAAUUAUUGGUUUGAAUAAUGCAAACCUCGACUAUCUUUCUGUUGAUAUUGGACCUAUUGUUGUGCUUCCAGCGUAUCAGAAGACACAUGUGGCCACCCACUCUGUUGGGACUCUCUUGCGGUAUUGCUUGGAGCUCCCUUCUGCUGUUGCCCAUCCCGGGCUCGGGCUGAGACGGGUAACAUGGCUCGCAAAACCGGACAAUAUCGCUUCGAUCCGCCUGGCCGAAAAGAUGGGGAUGAUAAGAGAAGGCGUGUUGAGAUGGACUUAUGUGGUUGAGUCCCCGGGGACACGUACGAGAGAUGGUGAUCCAAACUACAAGUUGGGCCGAGACUGCCUGUUGCUCACAAUGACGUGCGAAGACUGGGAGAUGAGAGGAAGCGAACUUGUUAAGCAGAAAAUAGAUAGAUGA